ACAAACUGAAGAAUAUAAGCACGCAUCAGUAGUUGUUGUUUGAGACUAGAAAACAGAGGACAUGGGAAUCGACCGAAGAAGUGGCUUUUGUAGCUCCAAUUAUGUUUUCUACAGCAAGCGUAAGCCACUUCCACUCCCACCAAACAAGUCCUUAGACGUCACCACUUUCAUCUCCUCCCGGGCCCACCAUGGCAAAAUAGCCUUCAUAGACGCCGCCACCGGCCGUCACUUCACCUUCCACCAACUAUGGCUCGCCGUGGACGCCGUCGCCACGUGUCUCUCCGACAUGGGCAUCCGAAAGGGCCACGUCAUACUCAUCCUCUCUCCCAACUCAAUCUACUUCCCUGUGGUGUGCCUCGCUGUCAUGUCCCUCGGUGCCAUCAUCACCACAACAAACCCUCUCAACACAGCCCGCGAAAUCGCCAAACAAAUCGCCGAUUCCAAACCCGUCCUCGCCUUCACAACCCUUCCCCUGCUUCAAAAAAUCGCCGAGGCAUCACCCACCUUACCAAUCGUUCUCAUGGACACAACAAACUCUGCCACUGGAGAUAAUAAUAAAAUCGUAACAACCACACUUAGCGAGAUGAUGAAAAAGGAACCCGGGGCGAGUCGAGUGAGGGAGCGAGUUGACCAGGACGACACGGCCACGCUUCUUUACUCUUCUGGAACAACGGGACCCAGCAAAGGGGUAAUUUCGUCACAUCGGAAUUUAAUUGCCAUGGCUCAAAUCGUUUUGGGUCGGUUCAACGUUGGAGACGAGGAAGAAACCUUCAUCUGCACCGUUCCAAUGUUUCAUAUAUACGGUCUUGUAGCGUUCGCAACGGGGCUUCUGAUUUCAGGAUCAACGAUUGUGGUGCUUUCGAAGUUCGAGAUGCACGACAUGUUAUUAGCGAUUGAGAAGUUCCGUGCCACGUAUCUGCCGCUGGUGCCGCCGAUACUGGUGGCGAUGCUAAAUAACGCGGAUGCGAUUAAGCGCAAGUAUGAUUUGAGAUCGUUGCAUUGGGUGCUGUCUGGUGGAGCUCCACUGAGUAAGGAGGUGAUAGAAGGGUUCGUGGAAAAGUACCCUAAUGUUGUGAUCCUUCAGGGUUAUGGCUUGACGGAAUCAACCGGAGUUGGAGCAUCCACCGAUUCCUUGGAGGAGAGUCGUAGGUACGGCACGGCGGGGCUUUUGUCUCCGGCCACCGAGGCUAAAAUUGUUGACCCUGACACCGGUGAACCACUUCCGGUUAACCGGACCGGUGAGCUCUGGCUUAGGGGUCCCACCAUCAUGAAAGGUUAUUUUAGUAACGAGGAAGCCACCACUUCGACCCUUGAUUCAGAGGGAUGGUUAAGAACAGGGGAUGUUUGUUACAUUGAUGAUGACGGAUUCAUAUUUGUUGUCGAUCGGUUGAAAGAACUCAUCAAAUACAAGGGAUAUCAGGUCCCUCCAGCAGAACUAGAAGCCUUGUUGCUGACUCAUCCUGCUAUUUUAGAUGCUGCUGUCAUACCGUAUCCAGAUAAGGAGGCUGGGCAGUUUCCAAUGGCAUAUGUGGUAAGGAAAGCUGGAAGUAGCAUAUCGGAAAACCAAGUUAUGGAUUUUGUUGCAGGACAGGUGGCUCCUUACAAAAGAAUUCGAAAAGUGGCGUUUAUAUCUUCCAUACCCAAAAAUCCAUCUGGUAAAAUUCUUAGGAAGGAUCUCAUCAAGCUUGCAACGUCUAAACUCUAAAGAGUUUUGAGUUGUUCUAUUUAGGUUUGUGUUGGAGAUGGAAAAAGGGUGAAUCUUUAACUAGUUUUCUUUUUCGCUGUAAUUUUCUGGCUUGUUUAUUUUUGUUCAUUUUCUAUGUGUUCUUUGUUUAACAGUUUAUUUGUAAAGAGCAGCAAGUGCUGAGUGAGUGCUUUCUAAUGCACUCAUAGGGAAUAAAAAUGUCUUUUCGUA